AUGUUGCAUAUAGCUCUCUUGGUUCUGCUGGCUGCUGCUUCCAUUGUCAAGGGUGAGACGUUGACCCAGCCGGCAUCUCAGAUUGUACGACCUGGUCAAGAGUUAAACAUCAAUUGUCAGGUGUCUUAUUCUUUGAGUGACUACCACACUGCGUGGGUCAGGCAGCCUCCAGGCAAGGGACUAGAAUGGAUCGGGAGCAGGAGAUACACUGGAAGCUAUUACCAGAAGGACUCCCUGAAAGACAAGUUCAGUAUUGAACUAAACCCCUCUAGCCAAACAGUAACCCUAAAAUGGCCGAAUAUACUGCCUGAAGACAGUGGAGUAUAUUAUUGUGCCAGAGACACACAACAGCCGUGUUACUAUUACGACUACUGGGGUAAAGGAACCCAAGUAACAGUUACAUCUGGUACACCGAUCAAACCGACCGUCUUUCCUCUGAUGCAAUGUGGCUCCGGAGCCACAUUCAGCAUUGGCUGUCUCGCCACUGGGUUUACACCUUCUCCACUGACCUUCACUUGGAGCAAAGACGGAAAUGCCCUGACUGACUUUAUUCAGUAUCCUUCAGUAGCGAACAACAACCUCUAUACAGGAGUCAGUCAAAUCCAAGUGAAGAGAGAGGACUGGGAUAACAGGGCAAAAUUCCAGUGUGUUGCCAAACAUUCAACUGAAGAUGUUGAAGCUAUGAUCACCAAGAAAGAAGGUAAUAUUGCCUACAAGUUACCAACUCUUAAAGUGUUGGCCUCUUCUGGCGGUCAAGACGAGGUCUCCUUUGCCUGUUUUGCCAAAGAUUUUUCCCCAAAUGUUUAUGAGUUCAAAUGGCUGAAAAACGGAGUGGACAUCUCCAACAGGAUAGAUGAAAUCAAGACUCAGUCUGAGGCCAGAAAGGGCGCAAAUGGAAUAACGCUUUACAGCGCAGCAACUUUUCUCUCGCUCAAAUCCAAUCAGUGGUCAAGUAACACAAUCGUGACUUGCGAGUUUAAAGGGAAAGAUGCAAGUGGCGAUGUCGUUGUGAAGUCAUCUGUGUCCAACAAAGAUGUGUCUGACUCAACUUGUGAGGCAUUCCCUGAUGCAGGGGUAUACAUUAAGCUCACAGGCCCUACAUUGGAGAAGAUAUUUUUGGAAAAACGAGGAACUGUAACAUGUGAAGUCAAAGUCGACAAGCCAGUGCAGAGUAUUUCAUGGGAAAACGAGGAUGGGAAGAAUAUGGUUGGUACCUUAAUAUCCCCCUCACCAGGCGAAACGGGCAUAUUUCGCACUCUGCUUGACAUCAAGUAUGACGAAUGGAGCAAUGGGAUAAAACGCAACUGCGUCGUGAUGCUUCCAAAUAGCAGUGACCCAUUGAAGAAAUCCUAUGAAAGAAAAAAUGGUAAACCACAUCGCCGUCCGUCAGUUUUUAUGAUGGCUCCAGUAGAACAUCGUAAAACAGACACAGUUACCCUGACCUGCUUUGCAAAAGACUUCUUUCCAAAUGAGGUUCUGGUGUCCUGGCUGAUCGAUGAUGAGCCAGUAAACUCCACAUACAUUCACAGAACCACCCUACCGGUAGAAAACCAAGGUUCCUACUCAAUCUACAGCCACUUAAUACUCAACUUUGAGCAGUGGGAAAGUUAUGAUGUGGUCUAUAGCUGUAUCUUUUACCACGAAUCUUUGGCCACUCAAAACUUCAUUUCAAGGACCAUUACACAGACAUCUGCCAAAACGUACAAGGUCAACUUCAACCUAAGCGAUCCUGAAAUAUGCCAGACUCACUCUUUUGACAGCGCCACGAUGCACAUUAGUGUCAUGUACGAGACGGAGGAACCAGUUGCGUAUCGCAGACACAGGACUUUAUUGAUUUUGACAGAGAGUACUGUGCCUCCAGAAAUUACAGUAUAUUCACUGUGGGAGGAUAAAUUUGAAUCCAUAACUGUCAAACUCCUUUGCAUCAUAAGUGGAUUCUCUCCUAACACACUGAGUGUUGAAUGGUUUCGGGACAGCCAAAAGGUCAAUGCCAAGCAGACCUCCACCAGGAAACUUCAGAGUGUGGAGGAAGAGGCCAAAACCUUCACUCUCAUCAGUGAGAUAGAGCCGAAUGUGAGAGAGUGGAGAAUCGGCACCAACUUUACAUGCAGGUCCAUUCAAAACAAUGUAGAAAUUAAAAGGUCGAUAAGUAUUUGUGAAAGUCAGGUAAACAGCCCUCCUGCCAUUCAUUUGGAACUUCCCAGCUUCAAGGAAGCUAUGAUGGAAACAUUGAGCGCAACAGUGAGCGCAACAUGUUCAGUGCGUACUGCACUUGAUGCUGUUAUUACAUGGAUUCUUGAGGGGGAAACAGACAUUCAUUACGACAGGAGCCAAUAUGCCAAUGCAUCACACAUCGUCAGUAAACUGACGGUAUCAGUAGAUCUGUGGAAAAAAACAAAGAGGGUGAAAUGUAAAGUGGAGCAUCGCUGCUUUGCGGACAUUGAGGAGACCAUAGAUGUAUCAGAGCCUGCGGUCAAGUCUCCAUCAGUGGAGAUCAGGCGAUCGCUUGCUGAUUUGCAGAAGAAAGACAGUGCUGUGUUUGAAUGUGAUGUCACCCAACUUGAUGCUGUGGAUCUCUACGUCACCCUUCAAGCCAACGGUGCUGAUAUUUCUGACAAACACUUUGUUGAACUCUCUAAAGUCCAAGGCCCACAUUCCAUCAGUCCACAUUUCAGUUUGCCAAAGUCAUUCAAGAAGAAUGACGCAAGUUUCAGUUGCAAAGUUAACCAAGGCUUCUCUAGCUUCAUUCAGUCAAGCAACAUUGACGGAAUUUUUGUGGAGCCUUCAGUUGAGCUCUUUCUGGCCUCCAGUGAAGAGUCAAGACUCUUAUGUUAUGGAUGGGGUUUUAACCCUCAAAUUAUGUGGUUCACUGAGUCUGAGUCACAAAUGUCCCCAUCAAUGACCAACCUUAGCAUGAAUGCGGAUGGACGUGUGGCUGUGGCUAGUCAACUAGACGUACUCGAAGAAGAGUGGAAAACUGGUAAGGGAUUCACUUGUGAAGUGUCUGACAGGUGGCUGGAAAAAAAGGUCAGAAAAACCAUCAGCUUCUGCUCAGUAACCCCAUCAUCAUCUCAAAUACUCGGAGUGUAUAUUCAUGGACCACCACUCACAGAGUUGCAGAAGAGGGACCAAGUGACAGUCACAUGUCAUUUGUUUGGCACUAAUCUACAAGAUUUUUCCAUCUCCUGGAAAGUUGAUGGAAAGAAUUAUUCCCAGAAUUCCUAUACGGAGGACCCGAUGAGUCACCGCAAUGGCACAGAGUCCUUUCGGAGCUUCCUCGAUGUGUUGGCGAGUGACUGGAAUUCAUAUAAACAAGUGUCUUGUGAGGGAAAACACAAAUGUUCCAACAAAGCCUACAAGGGCUAUAUAAGCAAAAGCAGAGACUUGUAUCCACCAACAGUGCGCAUAAUACCACCUACCAUCUCAGAGCUGUCAACCUCCGAUGACCUCACACUUACCUGCCUGGUUUCUGGAUUUUUCCCAGAUAACAAGAUAGUGUACUGGGAAAAAGAUGGUCAAAGACUACCAUUGAUUUCUUACACCAAUAGCCCUUCAUGGAAGUACAGUGGCAGCAGCACUUUUUCAAUGAGCAGCAGACUAAAUGUGACUAAAAGUGAGGACUGGGGAUCCAUUUAUUCUUGUUCUGUCAGGCAUGAGUCAUCUGAAACACCUUUUCAAAACACAAUUGAGAAUGUGUUUGCUCCAGUGACUCUCAGCCAACCUUCAGCCAUGUUGCUCCGGGGUUCAGGUGAACUUGUGUGCCUGGUGUUUGGUUUCAGUCCAGCAUCGAUUAACGUCUCCUGGUUUCUUGAUGAUACCAAUGAGCUGAUGGACUUCAAUAUAACUCAACCUAGCAGAGGCCCCGACGGAAAGUUCAGCAUCCAGAGCCGACUUCGCCUGUCCCAAAUCGACCUGUUACCUGGAGCGGUCCACACCUGCAGGGUGACACAUGCAACCCUCACGCUGACUCUGAAUGUAACAAAUCCAGUGAUCCUACCAGAUUGCAAUGUAUUGGAUGACAUUGCUCAUGCAGUUGUGAAUCAAGAUAUCAAUGUGGAAAGCUGGUAUAUGUCUGCCACAUUCCUUGUGCUUUUUCUCAUCGCCAUCAUUUAUGGUGUCUUGGCCACCUUGGUUAAGACUAAAUAA